GGGAAACGACUAAGGCCUGCCGACCGUCUCGCUCUCAGCUGCCCACCUUCUCUGCUGCUGCCUGCGGCAAUCCCCACGUCAAUGCAAUCCAGUGAAUCGUGAGUGGACAGCCACUAACACGCCUUUCCCAUCAUCGCUGCAAUGGAUCGCUGAAUGAACACAUAUACGCAGGAGAAGUAUUUCAAGGACACCGAGACGGCCUUCACGAAGGUGUUCCACCCAGUGGCUCUUGAGGCGCCCAUCAAGAACAACGAGGUGGUCAAGGCCAUCGACGAUUAUGUAGUCAAGGACGACAUAGAGGACUGGAAAAGGGAGAUAUUCGAGUCGGCCAAGGAAGGGUCAGUUGUCACACGACGCACACAACGCAGGGAUGGAUGGGUGGGCAGAGGAGAUUGUCGUGCAACUAAUGCUGUCUCAGGUGGGAUAAGGUCAUGGAGACGGCCGAGUCGCUGUUCGACAUAUGGACUGGGGUCAAUAUCAAGAGCUGCAUCAAGGAGAUCACGGGCUUCUACGAGGACCUGUCGUGCUCAGCCUGCGGCCCUGACUUCCAGAAGAAGUACGUCAACGAGCAGAAGAACCUCAUCAAGAUCGACCAGACCUCAUGUGACCUCGUCUACGCCUUCUGUUUGGACGGGUUUGAAGCCAUGCUUCAGGUGAAUCGAAUCGAUUUGCCUUGAUGCUCACGCACAUCACAUGUGCGUCUACGUGUGUUCAGGGCCAGGAGGAGAUGCGUGCUCUGCACGGCCGCCUGAUGAAGGACUGGGCCAAGCUGCGGACGGAGCUCCAUUCCCAGCUCAAAAAGCACAUCAGCGAGAACCUGGCGUCAUACGUCGGCGAGGCUGACUCAGAGGCCAAGCGGGAGCGGGAAGCCGAGAUGCAGGAGGAGAAGGAGCCGCCAUCCGUCCUCACUGCAGCCCCAACUGCCGCACCCCCGCACACAACGACGGCAGCUCCCACAACGACCCCCAAGCCACGCAGGAAGAAGCCGGCAGCAACAAAGCCCCCUUCUCCCCCUCCCACCCCUCCGCCCGUCCCCCCGACCCCCAAGCCAGCCACUACCAGCACAACUACCACGAAGAGCCCAGAGGAGGAGCUUGAAGACCAGCUAGCAGAGGAACCUCUUCUCGAAAAGGAGCAAGUAGAGACGCCGACCACAGCCAAGCCAGCGAAGGUGGCCACCACGACAGCGCCGGCACAUCACGCCAGGCACCCGCCGGGUCACCAGAAGCCCGUCAGCGAACAGGAGCCUGCAGCGGGCGGUGAGGAGGGUGAAGGCGAGCAGCUGGAGGAAGAGGAGCUGGAGGGCGAGGCCGAGACAACGACAACGACAACGACAAUGACAACGACAACGACAACGACAGCCUUGCCAACCAAUGGAGAAGAAGAAGAGACCGAAGACGAGACAGAAAAUGAGGGGGAGGAGGAGACUGAGGGUGAGGAAGAGGCGGCCGUUGCCGCUGCCGGAUUCGCAGAGGAAGGCGGGACUGUCCAUCAUCACGGGAACAGGAAAAAGCACCGGAGACGCAACGACAGACAUCACUCUCACAACAAGAGGAAACACAAGCUGAAGAGGGAGGAAGCACAAGAGCCCAUGGAUCACCAUAUAAGCUUGGAGGGGGAGGGAGAUAUCUCAAGCUCAGGCCACCAGGAGGGCUGGCGCGCCAAGCGGGAUAUACAAACAAAGAAGAAGAACGACCCCAUUUCUCUCUUAUCGACCAACACCAGCACCAAGCCCGUCGCUGCGUUCAUCCAAAUCGGCCACAGGGGGCAGCUACACGACCUCUCAAAAACAAGACAAAGACACAGGCGGCCGCCAUCCUCACACAACAGGAAGGACAUGCCCUUAUGGCUGAGCCUCCUGGCCGAUGUGGGUGCUCUGGUGCCGUCCGGCGAGCAGCUGCUGUGGCCAUCUCGUGACGAAGACAAAGAUAAGAGAAGGCGGCAUUCUUCCUCCAUUCCACAGCAGCAGCAGAUCCCCGUGUCUCUGGUAGAGUCGGCCGAGUCUGAAAGGCGGGUGGGUGGCCCUGACGAAAGCGGCGAGGGCGAGCUGACUGACUGGGACACCGAGUACCCUGUGGUGCCCGUGCCAGUCAUAUCCAAGCCCCACUUCUGCAGCACCUUCCUGCACCACCUCAGGUAUCUAUCGUACAUACACACAUGCGAUAUACAUACAACAUCGCCCACAUACAUAUGACAUCAGGUUUGUGUGUUCCUUCAUAUUUUGUUUUCAGGCCGGGUUAUUUCCGCGCCGAGAUGGUUCGCAAGCAGAAGAGGCUGUAUGACUGGCUCAAGGAGCUGGAGGCGGCCUCGGUGGACCCCCGGCAGCUGGCGGUGCUCGAGCGGGAGACCAUCAAUAUUGUCAAAAGAGCCAACAAACUCAUGGACAAAGAACUGGAGAAAGAGGUCCGCAGAACGGCAUCGCAUCAAACCAACGAGGGGGGAAUGGUGCCAGCCAAGUGUCUCUCUCUGUCUUCAGGAAGAUAAGGCGCGUGAGAACCUCAAGCAGCUGGACGCCUCAAAGACAGAGGCGGAGAAGCAGGCCGAGGCUGCAGGGGAGGGGGCAGAGGCCGCCUUAACCGACCUCACGCCGCCAUUCAACGAGACACGACAACGUCAGCAAAGAAUACACCACCACCACCAGGACAGAACGACCUCUUUGGUUGACGAGCAUCAGCUUCAGCACCAGCACCAGGGUUUGGACCCCGCCCCUUCGAUGGAGUUUGUGGCUGACGGCGGGGUGGACGUCGAGGGAAUGGCCAGCAGGAAACUCAUCACCAAGACUUGGGAAUCGGUCAGUGAGACACUGGCUCUCGUACGUCAGGGGCUCAUGUCUCUGUGUGUGUUGCGUGUUGUGUGCAGGAGAUGGGCGAUGAAGUGCCAAGUUCGCGGAAUGGCGCACUCAGGUGUCUCGUGCAGCUCAAUUGGUUGGUCUCUUUGCUGCCCCUCGCCGUUGCUGUCUUAUUGCGUAUAUGACAUGUCGUUGGUCCAUUAGGACGCUCGCUGCUCUGAAUAUGACGUGUGCCUUUCGUGUGGAUGGUGUGUCACAUUAGUGGCAUCGCAUCAUUACAUGUGCUCUGUGGACUUUGUGAAUGCGCGAGUAACUGAAGACAUGUGCCUGUGUGUGGAUGGGUGGGUGCAGUGCAUGACCCUUCUCGAUCGAUUCGACGAUUGCAAUGUCUGCAUGCGCCUUCACCCGCCAAGCACCAACCGAU